AUGCGCACGCGGGAGGGUCAAGGCCCUCCUCAGUUCCAGCGCUUCGGCGCGGUGCCGGUUUCGCCUCGCAACAUCUUCAAGCUCCUGCAGCAAGGUGAGAUGGUGCUCCUUUUUCCCGGCGGCAUCCGGGAGGCCUUGCACGGCCCCGGUGAGGAAUACCAGCUGUUUUGGCCCAACAAGACGGACUUUGUCCGGGUUGCUGCACGCUUCAAUGCCGUCGUGGUGCCAUUUGGUGGGAUUGGAGCGGAUGACAGCGCGCAGGUGCUCGCCAACCUGGGCGACCUGCGCCAGCAGGCCGAGAAGGUCGUACCCUGGAUGGCGAGAAGUCAGAAGCGUUCGGGCGGGCUGAUGCCUGUGUCCGAGUCGUUGGAGGGUGGCCUGGGCUUCCCUCUCAUUGCCCCAAAGGUAAGUUCAUCACUCUUCGCGACCGAAAGCGAAUCUGGCUUUGGAGAUCGCUUCUAUUUCAGCUUUGGGAAGCCCUUCGAUCUUAAAGAGGUCAACCCCAAGGACAGGGAUGCUUGUGCCCAAGUGUACAGCAACAUUCGUGCAGCUGUGGAGCAGGAAAUGGCCUGGCUGCAAAAGGCACGUGAGCAGGAUCCUUACCGGGACUUUGUCAAACGACAGCUUUAUGAGCGAGUGGCUGCCUUGGAGGGGCCAGUGCGACGAAUCCCAGACGGGCCACUGGAAGGUGAGCUUGUGCAGAGCUACGCCAAGCGAGCACCGUCCUUCGACCUCAACCUGGUGCCACCCUUGACUGUGUACGGCGAAAGAUGUCAACAAAAUUGGCUACACGCGGUGCGAGACUUGGAUAUCUUGGAUGGUCGACAGAUGCGUGGUGUGGACCAAGAUCAGUCCUUAAGGCGGAGCAGCUUGGCCGAGCUCCGUGUGAUGGGGAUCAGCCCAAAUGACUUCGACGAGCGCAUACGACUGGGGAAGCCAUUCAUCAUCGAAGACGCAGGCGAGAACUUGGACUUGGUUGGCUCCACCUGUCAGCAGUUCCAUGAGCGAUUUCCGUCUGCCAAGAUGCGUGCCGAGUACUCCGGUGGCCGGAGAGAGAUGUUCGUUUCGCUUGGAAGCAAGGCAUGGUUUGAGAAGGACCGGCCUCAAAGAGCUCUCCAGGACCUUCCCGGGAGUCUGGCUGCCACCAACGCACCCUACGUAUGGCACGUGAAGGACGGAGGCCAUGAAGCGCCACCCGAAGUGCGUGCUGCAGUGCAAGAGGCAUGGCAGCCGCCCUAUUUCGUGCGUGGUGCUGUGAACCUGCGGGAGGCCAACGAGUCGGCGGAGUUCUGGUUUCAUCGCCGCAAUGGAGCUGUGAUGGCCCAUGCGGACACUUACUGCAUACCUGCUGUUUCCCUGCAGAUCACUGGCCAGAAGCAUUGGCGCCUCAUGCCGCACCCAAAGGUGCACUUUUCGCGGGAUGCGCCCGAGCCGCACGAUGGCGGGAUCUAUGGAGCUGAUUGGCUUCCAUUUUGGGAAGCCACUGUGCAGCAGGGUGAGGCUAUUGUGUUCUUCCCCAACAUCUUCCACGAAACGCAUGUUCCUGAGGACAAUCCCGAGUGCACAGUCGCCACCACUUUCCAGAUUCAGCUGCCCAUCCCGGCGCGCUACUUGAGAGCAUACUUGCCCACUUUUGCUAUGUCACACCUCUACUAUGAGGGCCACUGCCGCGACCUUUGGGAUCCGUAUGCCACCCUGCGACCACCGAAGGCGGCCAAAGCUACAACGAAGGAGGCCGCAAUAGAAAAGGAACACGCUUCCUUGGUGGCAUCAAUCGACGACGCCUUCUUAUCGGCUCAGCGCCAUGUGGCCUCUGCAGGGCGGCUGUGGGCCGCCCCAUGGCCCCGCUGGUUUUAUAGCGAGGAUUAUUUCUAUGAUUGGCGCCCUGAGAGCUCGCUGGUUGAAGAGAUGCAGGCCGAAUUGCUCAAGGCCAGAAUCCAGGAUUCUAUGGCAUACUUGGACUGCUGCCCGGCAGAUGGUUUUGUCUCAUCUUUUGAGCUCUUCUCAGCUCUCCGGCAGUGGCAUGUGGUGCACAAGCGUUUACAGGCUGCAGAGCGGCUCAGGCUGCAGGGGAAACAGCACAAGGUUCACAAGCUCGAGCUUGACUUUGCAACGAAGUAUGCUGGCUUUGCCAAAGCUGAGUUGUGA